AGCUAAGAGAUAAUGACCGAAGGAAUCGUCAUUAGCGCCGGCCAAGGCGAACGCCGUUUAUUUACGUAUAGGCGAGAUCAGUGUCGUCAGAUCUCACGAAAUCGUCGUGUCGUACGUGCGUCGAUAGCCGACGAUCUUCGACGAUCUUCGACGAUCUUCGACGAUCUUCGACGAUCUUCGACGAUCUUCUAAACUUCGUGCUUAACGUUUUCGCUAGAGUUUACGCAUUGAGCGACCAAAGAUCUCGGAAAAUUUCUUCUCUUCUUCGAACCUGUCGAUAUUCAGUUUAGGAACAACAAAUCGGUCGACCCAUUAUGUCAGUUGACAUUAAACUUUCGAGAAACGAUGCUCAACCUUGGGGCCUUCGCCUUUCCGGAGGAGUGGAUUUCAGUUUUCCUUUGACAGUCGUGAGGGUAACGAUCGGAGGGUUGGCCGAUAAAGCUGGCUUACGAGCGGGUGACGUGGUGAUCAAAUUGAAUGGAGAACCUAUGCAUCAGCUGACACAUGCCGACGCUCACAAUAGACUUGUCAAUGCUGGCAACGAUUUCGAGCUGACCGUCGCACGAGAUCGUAUAAUCCGUAACGUUCCCCAACAGUAGAACCAUCUUUCACCGUCCCCUUCUAUCCCUCUUUCCUUCUUUCCUUCUCUUCAAUUUUCACGAUCGCAUUGUACGAAAGAAAUAAACGCAUAUUUGAAAUAAGAU